UGUCCGGGCAGGUGCACCGCGGAGGGGCGCUCAGUCGUGACCGACCACCGGCUGGCAGCAGUGCGCGCGUGCUGUGACGAAGUCAGCUCUGCCUCCGCAGCGUGGGGCCGCACCGGGCCGAGACCGCCGGCGACGCCGGAACUCUGACGAGACCCCGGCGGGGUCAACUCCGCGGCGAUGGCGGUGCUGUUCGUGCUCGCUGUCGUGUCCGCCUGUCUGCGAGGCGUGCAGUCUGUGCAGAUCACGGAGCUGUCCGUGCCCUCUACGGUACUCAACGGCUCCGUGCCCAGCGUCGUACUCGACUGCCUGUACGCGCUGGACACGCCCAACAACACCGCCUCCGGCCUGGUGGUCAAGUGGUACCACAACCGCAGCCCGGCGCCCGUCUACCAGUGGAUCCCCGGCUACCCACCGCAGGCGUUCGGCCUGCUCCGAGGUCACGUCAACCUGGGUCACGUGGCCAGCGAAGACCCGCUGAUGCGUCACCGAGCUGUUCAGCUGAUCCAGCCGCGACCAGAGCUGAGCGGGGAGUUCACCUGCAAGGUCACCACGUGGUCAGGCGUGGCGUCGUCCACCAAACGGAUGGUCAUCUACGCUCCGGUCAAGACGAUGAGUAUAUCGGCCUCAAAACCGUCGUCGCACCGAGUGACCUUGACCUGCCAGGCUGAGGGCAUGUACCCGGAGCCUGAGGUCAGCAUAGUGGUCCAGGGAUCGCAAUCCAGCAGGGAGCGGCUGAGGGGCCUACAGGUGACGAAGGCGCUGGUGGACGGCGCCUACAGCGUCCGGGUGACCAAGCAGCUGGACGACCGGCAGAUCCCGGCCCAGUGUCUGAUCCACUGUCUGCUCGUCCUGCCGCACACCGGCUACUCGGU